GGCGGCCUUUCCUGUCGGAGGACGGACAGUCAGCCAGCCAAGGGGACCAUGCCGCGCGGGGGCUCCCGGCUGGGUCUGCUGCUGCUGGCGCUGGCGGCGUGGGGCGCGCGCCCAGCGGGGGGCUACUUCCCGGAGGAGCGGUGGGUGCCCGAGUCCCCCCUGCGGCCCCCGCGGGUCUUGCUGGCGCUGUUGGCCCGCAACGCGGCUCACUCCCUCCCGGCGGCGCUGGGCUGCCUGGAGAGGCUGCGCCACCCCAAGGACCGCAUCGCGCUGUGGGUGGCGACUGACCACAAUGUGGACAACACAACAGCUGUGCUUCGGGAAUGGCUGGUCAAUGUUCAGAGUAUGUACCAUUCAGUGGAAUGGCGUCCCAUGGACCAACCCAGGACUUAUCCAGAUGAAGAAGGUCCCAAGCACUGGUCAAAUGCCCGUUAUGAACAUGUUAUGAAGCUUCGCCAGGCAGCGCUACAAUCUGCCCGGGACGUUUGGGCUGAUUACAUCCUGUUUGUGGAUGCAGACAAUCUCCUGACAAACCCUGACAUCCUGGGUCUAUUGAUGGCUGAAAACAAGACGGUGGUGGCCCCAAUGCUGGACUCGCGGGCAGCCUAUUCAAACUUCUGGUGCGGGAUGACUUCACAGGGCUAUUACAAGCGUACCCCUGCUUACAUUCUUAUCAGGAAGCGCUCCCGCCAGGGUUGCUUUGCUGUUCCCAUGGUACACUCCACCGUUCUCAUCGAUUUGCGAAAGGAGGCUUCCCAAAACCUCGCCUUCUACCCACCCCACCCAGACUACACUUGGGCGUUUGAUGACAUCAUUGUCUUUGCCUUCACCUGCAGGCAGGCUGAGGUCCAGAUGUAUAUCUGCAACAAAGAGGAGUAUGGCUCCCUGCCUGUACCUCUGCGAUCCCACAGCACCCUGCGUGACGAAAUAGACAGCUUCAUGCAUGUGCAGUUGGAAGUAAUGGUUAAGAACCCUCCAGUGGAACCCUCCCAGUAUCUCUCCGUUCCUCCCAAAGUCCCAGACAAGAUGGGAUUUGAUGAGGUCUUCAUGAUUAAUCUCAAGCAUCGGGCAGAUCGCCGGGAGCGGAUGCUGUGGGCCUUGUAUGAGCAGCAGAUUGAUUGCAAAAUCAUUGAGGCUGUGGAUGGGAAGGCAAUGAAUAGCAGCCAGGUAGAAGCUAUGGGCAUCAGUAUGCUGCCAGGUUACAAGGACCCAUACCAUGGGCGUCCACUUACCAAGGGAGAACUGGGUUGCUUCCUGAGCCAUUAUAAGAUUUGGCAAGAGAUUGUGGAGAGGGGCCUGGAAAAGUCAGUGGUGUUUGAGGAUGACCUGCGCUUUGAGAUCUUCUUCAAACGGCGUUUGAUGAAUCUCUUGUAUGACCUAGAGGAGGAGGGCCUGGACUGGGAUUUGAUCUACAUUGGCCGGAAGCGCAUGCAGGUGGAACAUCCUGAGAAAGCUGUACCCCAUAUCCGCAACCUGGUGGAAGCUGAUUACUCGUAUUGGACCUUGGCCUAUGUCAUCUCCCUGCAGGGUGCCCAGAAGCUAUUGGAUGCCAAACCCCUCUCCAAGAUUCUCCCUGUGGAUGAGUUCCUGCCUGUCAUGUUUGACAAACAUCCUGUUACUGAGUAUAUGGAGCAUUUUGAAAAUCGAAACUUGCUGGCUUUCUCAGUGGAACCCCUGUUGGUCUACCCCACACACUACACAGGUGAUGAUGGAUAUAUCAGUGACACAGAGACCUCUGUGGUGUGGAACAAUGAGAAGAUCAAGACAUCUGACUGGGACGGAGCCAAAUCCCAGAAGAUGAAGGAACAGCAUGGAACUAGUAACAAGGCCAAGAACUUCUUCGAUGUGCUCCAGCCCCCCCUUGACAGCACAGCCCGUGAUGAGCUAUGACACCACUGGGGCACAGGUGGAGGGACUGUGGGAGAGGCAUGGUGUGAGAAAAGGGAGUUUCUCUUCCCAAGGGCUUAUGAGAUUGAACCUCUUGGGUGAUAGCUGUUGCAGGACUCCAGCAUAUCCUAUGUC